AUGGAGCGCUGGGAGCCAAGGGCCAGUAUGCUGGGUGCUGCAUGGGAUCUGCAGUCAAUAUACGAAUUGAACAGAGAAGAACCCCAGAAUGGCCUGCAAGGAAUUGCUGAAGUCCCAUUGGUCCCGGAUGUUCCUGAUAUCUCCGAGCUAUCGGUGCCCACCACGGAUGCAUCAGCUGAACCAGUGCCUGCAUAUACGUCUCAACAAAAUAGCAUUCCGAAGGAAGAAUCGGUUAUCUGGCUUCCAAUCGGUGCAUUCAGUAAAGAUAUCGUCCAAGACCAGGCCUUGGGACACCAUUUCCUGUUUUUGCGUCAACAUGGUUGGCUUCGUGACAAUGAUAUUAAUGAUACUAAUUUGAGGAUAUGGAUCAAUACCGAUGUGACAGGUCGGCGUCACUCGCAGCGAUUCAUUUCAAAACUGCGAAAUGCCGUCAAACAAAUUAUGGCUAAUAUUGAUCGAUCGCCUGAAGCAUGGACGGGGCAACGCGCCGCAAAGAUAUCAGAUGCCGAUAUUUCGAAUGGCACCGAAGAUGAAUCCCUUUGGUACAUUUUCAAUACUCUUGAGAAUCCCAAUCCCGACGUGGAAGCUAUGAAAGAUCCCUGGGCUCAAGGCGCUAUGGAGGACUUAUUGUCCGCAACCGAUUUCUUGGCGUACGGUGUCAAGACCCCGCUGUAUCCAUAUCAGUGUCGAUCUGCAGCUACUAUGGUUCAGCGGGAGGCGCAACCGGCGCAGAUGCUUGAUCCACGCCUGCAACCUUGUCGAACUCCUACAGGUGUGGAGUAUUAUUAUGACAAGGAAGAUGGCAUUAUUGUUCGUGAGAAAUCGAUGUAUUCUGAGGCUUGUGGAGGCCAGUCAGAGAAAAAGUCGGGUCUCUCUUGGAAAUGGCAGCAGCAGCUACUGGUCGGCAUUCUCAGCCCUGGAAAAACUUUUUUCAUGGAAAAGCGCAAACAGGGCGCUUAUUACCACAGGUGCAUGAAGGCGUGUGAACAUGAGUGUGGAUUUUAUGAAAUCCCACCACAUCAGACUCGAUAUCAAGGUCGAAAUAGCAUGUCUUAUCAAAGACCCCCGGCGAAACGCAUUCGCAUUUGCUCGGGUACAAUUAUUGUCGCCCCGAACAACUUGGUGGAUCACUGGGAGCGCGAAAUCGGGACUCAUACCGAAAACCUAAAGGUUCUGACGCUGAGAUCGGGGUCCGACACGCUCCCUUCUGCUGACAAACUCAUGGAAUAUGACAUUCUUCUGUUCGCUAAAACUCGUUUCGAGAGAGAAGCGGGGGAGGCUGUACACAACCGCCGCAACAGCUAUGUCCCGAUUGAGUCGCCUCUUACGGAACUUCAUUGGCUACGAAUGAUUGUUGACGAAGGCCAUAAUGUCGCAGGGAAUGGCUCAAAAACGAAUAUGAUUCACCUGAUCAAUCAACUCCACUUUGAGCGUCGCUGGGUGAUUUCUGGUACGCCAUCUUCAGGACUCUACGGGGUCGAGGUCAGUCUUGCUUCGCUUGAGGCCAAGACGAGCGAUACAGAGCAAUCCGAGCAGAUCACUGCUGCUGCGUUGAAAACUCGAAAGAAGACCGGAAAUGCGAUUGACAAUGAGAUGAAGGAUCUGGAUAAAAUCAGGCGGAUUGUGAUCGAGUUCCUGGACUUGAAGCCUUGGUCGAACUCGCGAGCGGAUGACCCUGCUGAUUGGACCAAGUAUAUCAAGCCUCUUGGGACAGAUGGCAAGCGACGCAAAACACCGGCGAUACGUGCUACACUUCAAGGACUAGUGGUGCGACAUCGACUGGAUGUGGUCAAUAAGGAAGUUACUCUCCCAAAGCUUUUCAAUAAGGUCGUUUAUCUCCAGCCGACAUAUUACGACCGCUUGUCCAUCAACCUGUUCCUUUUUAGCCUCGCUGUCAACUCGAUCACUUCUGAGCGCCAAGGUCCAGAUUACAUGUUCGAUUCAAGCAACCGAAAGAGUCUGAACCAGACCAUCAACAACUUGCGUCAGGCUGGAUUCUGGUGGGUGGGUUUUGACAAGGACCUGCCAAAAACAGUUGAAGUUGCGCUUGAAUAUCUUCAGAAGAAGCGAGAGAUCAUGACAACUGCAGACAUCAACCUUUUAAACAAUGGUCUUGAGAUUGCUCGCGGAGCCCUAGAGUCUAGUAGGUGGCGCGAACUUCAGCAUUUGCAUGAGCUGGGGGUCUUCGUGACAGAAUUCCCAGAAGAUAACCGAGCCCAUUGGGCACUUGAUCCCCAGGAAGAGAAUGAUCCGCUCCUUAUCGGCAUUACCCAGGCUCGUUCUGCGCAAAAGUUUGUAACAAAACAGCUUAGACAGAUCGACCCCACGCAGGGUCUGUCGGGACAUGGUAUCCAUGUGCGUCAGGAUCUCAAGCGGAGCCAUCAACGUACCUCGACAAAGGGUGCCCCAGAAUCCGCCAAUACGCAGACAUCUCCUAGUCAAUCAAAACCCAGUCCUAACCCAACCAAAAAAUCGCCUAAGAAGGUCAAGACCUUCGACCGUAACAUCUUCUGCACACUUCCCGAGCACUCGCCGCUCAAAAAAACCAAAUUCAUCGCCACGGCAUCCGCUAAACUCACCUAUCUCCUUGACCAAGUUCUGCAAUAUCAAGAAACGGAGAAGAUCAUCAUCUUCUACGACAAUAUCAACUCCGCCUUCUGGAUCGCCGAAGGCCUCGAGCUUCUCGGUAUAGAUUUCCGUAUCUACGCUAGUACCCUCAGCCCCAAACUCCGCACGGAAUACCUAGCACUAUUCCGCGAAAAAGCCGAGGUCCGAGUACUUCUAAUGGAUCUCCGCCAAGCCUCACAUGGUCUACACAUCGCUCAAGCUUCACGUGUAUACAUAGUCAAUCCCAUCUGGCAGCCCAACGUGGAAAGCCAAGCGAUAAAACGUGCCCACCGCAUUGGUCAAACUAGACCCGUGUACGUUGAGACACUUGUCCUACAAGAUACACUCGAAGACAAGAUGUUGCGACGGAGGAAAGAGAUGUCCGAAGCAGAGAUGCAGCACGCUGAAAAGAGUUUGUUGGAUGAUACCACCAUGAAUGAUAUCAUCCAGAACGAGCCUUUCCUGGAUAUGUCUGAUGAGGGUUCUUCCGGUGCGGCAUACUUAGACCAUCCGACGGGCUUCUUUGAUCGUCAUCGUUUGCCUAUUCCGGAUCAUGAGGUCGCCGAUGAAGGCAGUUCUAGGAAGCGUUCUCACACAGAUAUUGCUGUGGAGUCUGAUGCUGACUCUGAUGCGGUUACUUGGCCGGAGAACAGGCCAUCUCCGACACCUGUGCAUAAGAAAUCACGUAUUGGCUUUGCGCCGAAUGUGCAAAUAUUUAGGACUGAAUCUGAGGGGGGCAGUGAUUCUGCAUCUCCGCGCCGUCGUUCCCCUGCUUCGUCGUCUCCUCUGGUCAAUAACGAAACUGUCACGGACAGGAAGCGAGUGUCAAUCUUCGGGUCCUGA